ACACUUUCUCGUUUUGUAUUCCUUUCCACUUCCCCCCCAGAUUUUCUCUCCUUCCAAACACUUCCCUGCGUACAUUUCCACCUUCAUUCUCAAUCGAUUCUUUUUCUUUCAUCCCCACCUUUUUGUUUGCUUGAUCACUUUCACUACUGAAAACUUUAUUCUGUCCGUAUUACUGCCAUUGGAAUUCCGAAAGGGGUGUAAAAGAGUGAAGAUUGGGGUUAGCGAAAUUUUCUUGAUGGUAGAAACCCGAUUUUUUGGAGAUUGGGUGGACUUUGAGAUCUUGAAGUUAGGGCUCAGCUGUGGAGAGGAGCUAAAAGUGAAGGGUUAUUUGGAUGGAAGGGUUUGGUUUCGAAAAUGGAUGAGUUUAUUUUGAACAUUUCUUAAGGGAGUUCGUUUUUUCUUUACUUGUUUGGAUCCUUGACUCUUUUGAGUGGGUUUAGGUGGUCAAUUUGAUUUGGUUUAGUAAAGUGUAGUUUCUUUUAUGUCAAGAACGGACAGGAUGUCUUCCGAUCUUAGCAGAACCGGCCCCGUCGAAAGAGACAUCGAGCAGGCCAUUACUGCUCUGAAGAAAGGGGCAUACCUGCUGAAAUACGGAAGAAGAGGAAAACCAAAAUUUUGUCCCUUCCGCCUUUCAAAUGAUGAGUCUGUUUUAAUAUGGUUCUCGGGGAAAGAGGAGAAACAUCUUAAACUAAGUCAUGUGUCCAGAAUCAUAUCUGGGCAGCGCACUCCUAUCUUUCAAAGAUAUCCUUGGCCCGAGAAAGAGUAUCAAUCUUUUUCACUUAUAUAUAAUGAGAGAUCUCUGGAUUUGAUCUGCAAGGAUAAAGAUGAAGCUGAAGUCUGGUUUAGUGGUAUAAAAACAUUAAUCUCUCGUUGCCACCAAAGAAAAUGGAGGACAGAAUCAAGAAGUAAUGGCAUUCCUUCUGAAGCAAGUAGUCCAAGAACAUACACACGAAGAAGUUCACCUUUGAAUUCUCCAUUUGGCAGUAACAAUAGCUUGCAGAAGGAUGGUAGGGAUCACCUUGGCACCCAUAGUCCGUAUGAAAGUCCUCCGAAGAAUGGUCUGGAUAAGGCAUUUUCAGAUGUCUUAUAUGCAGUUCCUCCAAAAGGCUUCUUUCACCCAGAUUCUGCUAGUGGUUCAAUUCAUUCUUUGUCUUCCACUGGAUCAGAUAGUGUACACGGUCACAUGAAGACUAUGACAAUGGAUGCUUUUAGGGUUAGUCUUUCAAGUGCUGUUAGUUCAUCAAGUCAAGGGUCUGGUCAUGAUGAUGGUGAUGCCUUAGGUGAUGUUUUCAUUUGGGGUGAAGGCACUGGGGAUGGUGUUUUGGGUGGUGGACUUCAUAAAAUUGACAAUUCUGCUAUUAAAAUGGAUUCAUUAUUGCCCAAGGCUUUAGAAUCUGCAGUUGUUCUUGAUGUCCAGAAUAUUGCCUGUGGUGGUCGACAUGCUGCCUUGGUAACCAAGCAGGGGGAAGUUUUCUCCUGGGGAGAGGAAUCUGGGGGUCGGCUUGGGCAUGGUGUAGAAUCUGAUGUUUUGCAUCCUAAGCUCAUUGAUGCCCUUAGUAAUACUAACGUUGAGCUUGUAGCAUGUGGUGAGCACCAUACUUGUGCUGUAACACUUUCUGGUGAUUUGUACACAUGGGGUGAUGGUACAUGUAAUUUUGGUCUUCUUGGUCAUGGAAAUGAAGUAAGUCAUUGGGUGCCAAAACGACUGAAUGGACCCUUGGAGGGCAUACAUGUCUCAUCAAUCUCUUGUGGCCCCUGGCAUACAGCUGUAGUGACCUCUCCUGGUCAGGUGUUUACCUUUGGUGAUGGAACAUUUGGUGUUUUGGGUCAUGGAGAUCGGAAUAGCGUGUCAAUUCCAAGGGAAGUGGAAUCCCUAAAGGGGCUCCGCACUGUGCGAGCAGCUUGUGGAGUGUGGCAUACUGCUGCCAUUGUUGAAGUCAUGGUUGGAAAUUCGAGUUCUAGCAACUGUUCCUCAGGGAAGUUGUUUACAUGGGGAGAUGGUGAUAAAGGUCUUGGGCAUGGUGAUAAGGAAUCAAAACUUGUUCCUACUUGUGUUGCUGCUCUUUUUGAACCAAAUUUUUGUCAAGUUACUUGUGGACACGGUAUGACAGUUGCCCUUGCAAGAUCAGGGGAUGUCUACACUAUGGGAAGCUCUGUUUACGGGCAGCUGGGAAAUCCUCAGGCUGAUGGAAAGUUUCCUACCCGUGUUGAAGGAAAGCUUUCUAAGAGUUUCGUUGAGGAGAUUUCUUGUGGUGCUUAUCAUGUUGCAGCUCUGACUUCCAGAACUGAAGUCUACACAUGGGGGAAGGGAGCAAAUGGUCGAUUAGGUCACGGGGAUGUUGAUGAUAGAAACACCCCUACUUUGUUAGAAGCACUGAAAGACAAGCAAGUUAAAAGUAUCGUUUGUGGAACUAACUUCACUGCAGCAAUCUGUCUCCAUAAAUGGGUUUCGGGCGUUGAUCAGUCCAUGUGUUCUGGUUGUCUCCUCCCCUUUAAUUUCAAACGAAAACGUCACAAUUGUUAUAACUGUGGACUUGCCUUUUGUCACACAUGUAGCAGUAAGAAAUGUCUUAAGGCUUCCAUGGCUCCAAAUCCCAACAAACCUCAUCGCGUAUGCGACAAUUGUUUUAAUAAUUUGAGGAAAGCUUCUGAAACUGAGGCAUUAUCACAAUCUUCUGUAAGUAGUAGGGGAAGCUUAAAUCAUGGGACUAUUGUAUUUGUUGAUAAAGAUGAUAAGUCAGAUUCCAAAAAUCGUGCACAACUUGCUUGGUUUUCGUCAAUGGAAUCCUUGAAGCAAGGAGAAAGUCGAUCAAAGAGGAACAAGAAGCUAGAAUUUAAUAGUAGUCGAGUCUCACCAGUUCCAAAUGGAGGAUCCCAGUGGGGAGCCCUUAAUAUUGCCAAAUCUUUUAAUCCAGUAUUUGGAUCAUCCAAGAAAUUUUUUUCAGCUUCUGUUCCUGGAUCAAGAAUUGUUUCUCGUGCAACAUCACCAAUAUCAAGGCGUCCUAGUCCUCCUCGGUCAACUACACCAACUCCAACUCUUGGGGGCCUCACUUCUCCUAAAUUAUUUGUUGAUGAUGCUAAGAGGACCAAUGAUAACCUUAGUCAAGAGAUUUUCAGAUUAAGAGCACAGGUGGAGAAUCUUACACGUAAAGCACAGCUUCAAGAUGUUGAGCUGGAGAAAACAACGAAACAGCUCAAGGAGGCAAUAACAAUUGCAGAGGAGGAAACUGCAAAGUGCAAAGCAGCAAAAGAAGUUAUCAAGUCACUUACUGCCCAAUUAAAGGAUAUGGCUGAAAGACUGCCUGUGGGAGCUGCACGGAGUAUCAAAUCACCUUCAUUUACUUCGUUUGGCUCUAACCCUGCUUCCAGUGAUGCCUCUAGUGUUUCAGUUGACAGAUUGAAUUGUCAAAUAGCGUGCCAAGAACAAGAUUCAAAUGUAUCAAACAACCAGUUGCUUUCUAAUGGAUCCAACACUACCAGUAACCGUAAUUCUGGCCACAAUAAACAAGACCAUAUUGAACCAGCAACAAAAAGUGGAGGUAGAACAAAAGAAGGUGAAUCUCAAAAUGAGAAUGAAUGGGUUGAGCAAGAUGAACCUGGUGUGUAUAUAACACUUACUUCUCUACCAGGAGGUGCCAAGGAUCUCAAGCGAGUUCGCUUUAGUAAGAAGCGGUUUAGCGAGAAUCAAGCAGAACAAUGGUGGGCAGAGAACAGAGCAAGAGUAUACGAGCAAUACAAUGUCCGCAUGUUAGACAAGUCUAGCGUUGGCAUUGGGAGUGAGGACUUGGCUCAUUAACACAGUGAGAUAACCAUAUGUACAUGUAAUAUUCUAUUGCAAGAUUUCAAUCCCAAUUAUUCGGAUGAUCUCAGUUGAUCAAAUCAUACUCGGCUUUCCAUUGUUCAUCAAGAGUUGAGGGAAGCAGAAAUGGCAAAAGUAAAGAUGAGAGUUUGGCUUGAGUUUUCUUUUAUUUUUCCCCUCCUUUGAUAUAUAAGUAUAUACACCCCUUUUGUGUUGUGUGGGAGGGAUCGAGGGUGACAAAUGUAAAUUCUUAGUAGUUUGAUGGCUCUGGUUGAAACCAGUAAUGUAAAUUCAUAUGCAAAUGAAUUCUGCGGGAGCAAGAAAUUAUACCCUUUUUCUUUUGAUUUAUAUAAUAAUUUCAGUUGAGGUUUGUUAAAA